AUGGUACAUUUUGCGAGUGGGACUUGUUCGGCGAACCAGUCGGUUGGACCAAUCGCGAUCGGUGGCCGCCAGUCCCGACCAAUCCGGCUGGUGGGCCGGGCCCGGCGGACCGCCGGCAACGGCGACGGCGAGGGCGAGGGCGAGGGCGAGUCAGUCCAGUUGGUUGCUGUAGCGCUCGUGUACGUUGGCCAGUUGUGCUCUGUCGGCAUGCCACAACCGGCGACUGAGUUGGGCCCGGUCGCUUGGCGACAGAAAACACCGGCUCGCCUCUCGUCGUCUCCGUCGCCGUCGCCGUCGCCGUCGCCGUCGCCGUCGUCAUCGUCGCCGCCUCGGCCGUCUCGGGGUCUGUCUGCCUCGGUCUCGUUGCCGCAGGUGGCCGUUGGCAUCGGGCGAUCUGGUGUCCAUGGCGACCGAGGCGUGCGCGGCAUGUUCGGCGGUCUGGUCUACUGGAACUCGGGCCGACGUGACGGCGAAGAGACGAAGCGUGUUGUCGCCAUGUCGACGGGACGACAUGGGCGACAUGCACGGGAAGAGCAGGUGACGAAUGCCCACCUUGGACCGGCGGAACUGCGUCACACGUCGGACGUGUUGACA